CCGACUAAAACCUUCAUUCACUGUUCCCCAUCGCGAACAUUUUUUAUUUCGUUUAGUUUUUUUUUUUAAAAAUUUAUAUAUUUUUAAAUGUACAUCCUCGUUACGGCAUACCUAAAUCAAAAACGGAAUCGGAGUCAAUAAAAAUUUUAAGAAAUUCGAACGAAGCUACGCAGAAAAAGCAUGUGAAAGAAUAGUGCUGGCGUUAAUUAUGAGAAAAUUCCGUCCGUCUCCCAGAAACGCGUUUUCAUGUGCCAGUGUGUUAGUAGUUGUUGUUGGUGUCAUAUUAUUGAAGUAAUCUGGGGGAGUCGUUGCUUGUUGAAUGGUUGGUAGUUGUUUUUUAUGUGUUUGUUAGCCACAACCAGAAGAAAAAAAAUCGUAAGCCAAUUUUCUAUUGCGCUACCACAGCGACAGCAAAAACAGGAUCAAGAUUAAAACUGCGGCUGCAGAAAAAUAAUUUCAAGUUUACGUACGUAUUUACAUAUAUAUUUAUGUACAUGCUCUAGCGAAUCGACGGUAGUGGAAUAGCCGAACGCUGUACUCGUCCAUCCUGGUAUUCUUGCUACGUCUGCUGGUCACAUCAUUACUUUUUGCUAUUGGGAUGAAAUAUAUGCCAGGAAAAGGUUUGCGUAAAUGUUGUACCUGCUGCCGAGACACGAGUUAUCAUCACCAACAUCAUUAGCAGCUUCACCUUUGACGUUUAAUUUUGUUUAUUGUCUUUUCGUCUCAUUGCCGUUCGCACGCAAUUAACAAUUGGUUUUUGUAUACUGUCAUACUGUCUCUUAGUGGCUGCUUGUUAUCGUCUUUUGUUAGUUAGUAUCAUUCAAUAUGUUGCGAUUCCUAAGUCGUCGUAAAACUCGCAAUAAUUACGUAGAGACAAGUUCUGGCAAUCCAAACGAUCGUAUUGACGGCAGAAGUCCCUAUGGAGCCGGAGGAGGAGAUAUCAAACCACAAAGAAUACCGGUCAAUAAGAAUAAGAUCGAUUGCCGAGUAAUACUUCUGGAUAAUACAGAUCUAUCUAUUGAGUUGUCGAAAAAGGCAAUGGGCAACUUUCUGUACGAACAAGUUUUCUACAAUUUGGAUAUUAUAGAAAAAGACUAUUUUGGUUUGCAAUUUAUGGAUGCAAACCAUGUUAAGCAUUGGCUGGAUCCAACAAAGCCCAUAAAGAAACAAGUGAAAAUUGGACCGCCAUACACAUUUCGCUUGAAAGUGAAAUUUUAUUCGUCCGAACCGAAUACUCUGCGCGAAGAACUAACACGCUACCUGUUUUUUCUUCAGCUUAAAAAUGACCUGCUGGAUGGACGGCUGGAGUGUCCCGACGAUAAGGCAACUGAACUGUGCGCCUUGGCAUUGCAAUCUGAGCUGGGAGAUUACGAUGAACAGGUGCAUACAGCAGCAACGGUAUCAGAAUUUCGAUUUGUUCCAGACCAAACAGAAGAACUGGAAAUUAACAUUUUGGAAGAGUACAAAAUGUGCCGCGGUCUCACUCCUGCUCAGGCCGAAAUGGCAUUUUUGAAUAAGGCCAAAUGGUUGGAUAUGUAUGGAGUUGAUAUGCACACAGUGUUGGGAAAAGAUGGAUGCGAAUAUCAUUUGGGUUUAACUCCAACCGGUAUAUUGGUAUUCGAGCGUGACCAAAAAAUAGGUUUAUUCUUUUGGCCGAAAAUAAGUAAACUUGACUUUAAAAAGAAAAAGCUUACGCUUAUAGUCAUCGAGGACGAUGAUGAGGGUCGAGAGCAAGAGCACACCUUUGUCUUCCGUCUGUACAACGAGAAAGCAUGUAAACAUUUGUGGAAAUGUGCAGUGGAACAUCACACGUUCUUCCGCUUGAGGGCACCUGUAAAAGGGCCAUCUGCUCGACAAAACUUCUUCCGCAUGGGUUCGCGAUUCCGAUAUUCGGGUCGGACAGAAUUUCAAGCUACCAAUCAGAGUCGAGCUCGUCGAACAGUUCAAUUUGAACGCAGACCAUCACAAAGAUUUGCCAGUCGCCAAUCACAUUUAAUGCGCGAGCGACAAAAGGCGUCACAGGAAAACGCUGCUUCAGCUUUAGCUUCUGUUAAUGCCAGAGCCGCGGCCGCUGCAGCUGCAGCUGCAGCUCCUACUUCGUCGCUGCCACCGCUACCGCUUACUCCAGAGAUCUUAAGUACAACGGUAGAUUCUAUACUAUCUACUACGACCGUGGAUAACCAGCCCACCAUCAGCAGCAUUACCCCUUCGCCAUCCAUACAAACAGUAAUUCACAAUACAACAGCGUUCGAUGAUGCCAUAUGUGGUAGUUCCAUCCAUUCUGGCUCACAAAAUAAUGCCAAUGCGUCGUUAGGUCGAAAUUCGAUUCGAUCGAUUUCGAGUGCUGACGAUCCGGCAUACAGCAAAAUAGGUUCAUUUGGCAAAGCAGCUGGAUUGACCGUUAAAUUGGAUUCCGAAAGUGCUGGUACUAAUAACAUCGCUCCAUACUCCCCAAAUAACAUCAAAAACUUCGAGGAAACAAAUCCAUUCCGUUCAAGUAUUUCACACAAUGGUUCGUUUGGAAAAGCAUCAAUACAUUCUGGCCUUAGCAUUAAGAGUGGCUUGUCGGAUAAAGACAAGGAGCUAGAUUCAUUGCUAAAAUCUAUAGUUAAAGACCCAUCCCCAUCAGUGUUAGCUACCGAAGCUAUUAACGAUGCUAACAGUAUCAGGGUUACGAUUAACAAAACAUACGACAUGGACCAUAAUACGGAGACCUUGAAGCGUCUAUCCAAUUCGGAGAAACCGAACAAUCAAGUAAAGCUAGCUAACGUGGGAGCCGGAGCCCUGCCGCCGGGGCAUAUCAAAUGUAACAUUUUAAAAGCACGAGUUGAAGAAGAGCUUGGGGCUAAUACCAAUGCCAAGCUUACAAACCAAAUGUUUGUGCCUGCAGCGUCGGCAGUGAAUAGCAAUAACAACAACAUCAGUUACAACAGCAACAUAACAAACAGCAUUGCGGGCCACAGCGAGGGACCGGACUCACUUAAUGCCACCUACAUUUCAGUGCCCUAUGUGCAAAAGCACAACAUUCACAACCAACACAACGAUGCAAUGGUCUCCCCUUGGCUGGUCUCCUCCGAAGUCGUGUCGGCUCCUAAGGGAAAGGAACCAACGAUUAUAAGAAAAUCUGUUAUUACAACACAGUUGUAAUCCGAAUUUAGUUGUACGUGUACUUUCAGCAUAGUUUACACAAUAUUUUAUCGCAUCUAUCAUAAUGUGAACCUACUUAUUUAUUCUAUGUUCGUAAAAUUGAUCCGAAGCGAUCUGCUGACCACACUGUAACCACCCUUUGGCAAACAGAAAACAAAACAAAACACCUCUAAUGGUUUAAAUCGAAAGACAAUGAAUUAAAAAUUGUAAUCUAACUUUGAAAAAGUUAAAUUAGACUGUAAGUGCCUUAAAUGCAGCUACUAAUACAUUAUAAUUAAGUACUUAAAUUGAAAUGAUUCCAAACCUAUCGAGUUGACAACCUUGAAAGACUUGAAAGCAAAUUAAACAGUUGAAAUUGUGAAAACACCAACACCACGUCCACAUCCAUCGCUAGAGGGGCAUUUAUUUUUAUGCGUAGUGUUUUUGUUUUUGUGUUUAAUGAUGAACAGCAUUCCUCUUUUCGAAUGUAUUUUUGAUUCCUUCCAUAAAAUUACUUUUAAUUUUUCUAAGUAGUUAAUAUUUUCUUCAAUAUGUGUGUUUUCUCUCUUACACCACAAGUAUGUUAUGUUUUUUUUAUAUAUAUAUAUAUUUAUAUGUGUAAUCUUAUAAUCUGUUUGUUUUUUAUUAACAAAACAGAUUCGUCUCUUCAAGUAUUAUUAUACAGCAAAACAAUCAAAACAAAACAAAAUUUUAUUUGAACCAACCAAUCAAUGUAAUCAAUGGCAAUUCUAAAGAUACCUACAUUUUUAAACGUCCAAAACAGUAACAACGACAUUUUAUAAAUAAGCAAAUAAAUGCAACAUAUCCAUAUAUUAUAGUAUACAACAACAAGAUGAAUAAACGUAUAUAGAAUGCUACAUACAAAUAAAUAUUUUACAAUUUAAA